AAUUGCCUAAAUUAUGCCGAUUAUUUUUGUAAUUUAUUGGAUGUGGGUGGCAUACCUGAAUGGGUCAUGAGUUUACAAAAAAAAGUAACAUGGGUAAAAUCAAAUAUAAAUAUAGCUGCCAGUAAAUUAAAGGAAUUAAACAAAGCAGCUGGUAUUCCCAAUGUCAUAAAUUAUUUGAAGAAAAAAUACGAGGAUGAAAGUAAUAGUAGUGAUGAUUAUAAAGGGUAA